AUGCCGCCCUCAGCCGAAACCCAUUCUCACUCUACCGGACAAAAUGGCAAGCACCACAUGUCCCUCGGUGACGCCAAGCAGGAUCUUCUCAAAGUCAGGCAGGACGAAUCAUCCCCGACCUGCGGACCAUCCAAGAACUCUACCAGACAGCAUUCGAUCGAGGUCGAAAAUAUUAGCCAGGACACAGUGUCCCUGCCGAAUACUUCUGGAUUGAGAGGGAAGAUCACAGAUGCGUUCGUCAGCACUCUAUGGGAUAACCUCCAGCAUCCUCCUCUGUUUUAUCUCGGGGACCAAUUCAAAUAUCGGACCGCGGAUGGGAGCUACGACGCACGCAACUGCACCUUGAUAUCCGAUGGAUGGACUGAUCAAUCUAGAAUACCAUGUACCCCCAUCUCGGUGCUUUCAGUAGCCAUUAUGCUCCGGACUGUCACCCCUCAGCAUCCGAGGCCAACUGUGCUUCCUGAUCCGUCUCUUAUAUUUGACAACCUCUUCCACACGGACGAGCGCCACGGCACUAGAGUAAAGAACUCUCCUACCUCGAUCUCGGGCCGCUAUAUGGCCAUAACCAAGGAUGAAGCCAAAAAGCCCUUCUACCCAGGCUCCGGGUUGUGUCCUGGGUUCACCAUCUCUGCGGCCAUUCUGUCCGAUGCUGUGGCUCUCGUUCGCGGAGACCGUUUCUACACAGUUGACUAUAGUCCAGCCAACCUGACCAAUUUUGGUUUAGUCGUGUAUCUCGCUCAAGAUCUCUUGGGGGGAGCACGUACAUUCCAGAUUACAGGGCAUGAUUACAUGGUCAGCGGGGAUUCCGCGGCGAAUGCAGAACAAAGGCGAUCCGUCAACGAGUGUAUCUAUGAACCAAAGACUGUGCUCGAGGAUGUGCGAAAGCUGUACGAAUCCAUCACGACAGGCCUGCUUCAUGAGGAAAGCUUCAAGCUUAGGGACUGCUAUCACGUUGACAUUGUCCAAGAUGUUGGAAACCUAGCGCACGCACAUUUCUGUUCGCAGUUCUUCAGUAUCCCGCUCAAGGACAGCAAGGACCAUUCCCCUGAUGCUUAUACACCCAGAGAGCUUUCUGAUGCCCUUUUCCUGUUGUCCCGCUAUGUGUUCUUGGAUCUUGAGCCGACAGAUUCUCUCAAGACUAGGAUUGCUGCUGCAGCAGACGCGCAGAGAAUGGGCGCUAUCAUGGCCAGGUCAGCCUCCAACGCCAGAGAUAGAGUCGUGAGACGUUUCAUGCAGGCGCUUGGAGGAGCGAGGCCGGUGGAGGGAAGUGUCGAUAAAGUCGUGUGGACCAUUAUCCCAACCGCAGCAGCAGCGUGUGCGAACCAAGCGCAAGGUUGGGCACAAAUGCUCGGCCUCUAUUUAUCGGACAAGUACGCCUCGCACUGGCCAGAUAUACAAAAGCUCGCACGAUCCACAGAUCCUGGAGUGUUUGACAAGUUGAAUAAAUAUGGCCUAGAGGGGUACGAUCUCAUAAUCCGGUCUUUGGCUUGUGCCGAUAUGUACAGUUUCCGCUUGUCUACUCCGGCUUUUGGUGUCCUCCGGACAGCAGUCGAGGAAGCCACAAUCAAGGAUGGAGAAGCCACUGCAACUGUCCACAGAGGAGAUACCAUUUUCGUAGACUUUAUUACUGCCGGUCGCGGUCCUGUCAAGUUUACCGACCCUGAGCAGAUCCGACUCGACCGUCCGGCGGAUAUCUACAUCCACCAUGGCUGGGGUCCACACGCGUGUCUUGGAAGGGCAAUUGUCACCACAGCCGGUGCCUCCCUCUUGUGUGGCCUAGGUCGGCUCGAAAAUAUCCGUCGAGUUCCUGGACCUGUCGGAGAGAUGUAG